AUGCAAAUCGACGGCGAACAGCGCGGGGAGCCAGCGCUGGCGGAAGGGUCGGGGGAAAGCGUUUCUACGCACGCAGCUAUGCCCCCGCAGCAGAGACCAGCGGGCAGGGGGAGAGAGUGGCGGAAAGGUCUGAAGAGUUUGUUCGGGUCAAAUUCGGUCAAGCGGAGAGGGGAAGUGGAGGAGGGGUGCAGUGUCAGAGGGGGGGAAAACACAACUGGCGGAGUCGAAACCGUUGCGACGGGGGAAGCGGAGGCAGCAGAUACGCGAAUGGGGGAGGUGAGCUCACGGGAGGAGGAGGCAGAAAUGUCGAGCAGCGAUUUUGUAACGGGGAUGAGUACAGCGGAGGUGGACGAGUCGGGUGACUUUCGGCGAGUUACGGUGGAGCUACAGUACUUCCAAUUGAAUUCCUCCAAGGACCUUGUUGCCACAGUUCAAGUCCUCCAGUCUCACGCUGAGCAGCAGCGGGAGGUGCAGCAGGCGCAAGCGGUUCUGCAGCUGCAGAACUACGCUGGACUGGGAACAGUAGUUCUAGAGGGUGUAGACGCUUCCCUUCCUCUCGUUGCCACCUCUUCCCCACCCCUCCUUCCUGAGGAGCAGCACAUGGAGAACUGCCGCAUGAUGGUGGAGCACUUCCCUGCCGGCGCGGAGCAACACAUGGAGAAUUAUAGAAUGAUGGUAGAACACUUCCCGGCUGGCGCUGUCUUGAUCUCACAUGCGGGCGAAGAGGGUGAGACCAUCCUCGUCAACAGCACUCUCGAGGCCAUGCUGGGCUGCGAAAAGGGCUCCAUUAACAGCGUCGACAAAUGGUUCACUACACUAUAUGCGGAAAAAGCGCGCCGCGCGAGGCAGCUCCACGAGGCUCGGCGCGUGUCUGGGAGCAGCAAGGAUGUGACGAACACGGUGCAGCAGAUUAAGAAGAAGGACGGGUCGAAGCUGGUGGUGGAUGUGACGACGUAUCAGUUUGACCUGGGGGAAAUGUGGCUCGUGAAUGACAUCACCGAGAGCCGCAAGAACCAGUUCAAGUUCCGCAUGCUCUUCGAACUGUCCUCGAGCCGCAAGAACCAGUUCAAGUUCCGCAGGCUCUUCGAGCUCUCCUCGGUGCGUGCUGCCUCGGUCGAAACCACCACCCCCUCGCGUGAAUCCUCCAUGCAAUCCAUAGCUUCCUUCCGAGUGCAUGCGCUUCGUUUCUCACCUUUACUGGCCUUCUUUCUCUCUCUGUCUCGCUCUUCCCCUCUUCCCCUCUUCCCGCACCUUCAGGAUCCCAAGCUGCUGCUCAACCAGGAUGGGCGCGUGUUUGACUGCAACCAGUCCGCCAUCCGCAUUCUCAAGUGCGGCACCAAGGAAUCGCUCCUAGGCAAGACCCCCUGGGAACUCUGCCGUCCGCAACAGCCCUCAGGCCAGCGCUCCGCGUUCCUCAAGGCCGUCCUCGACGACCUCGCCGCCAGCAAUAACGUCCCCGCGCCCGCGGGCUCCGCGGGAGGAGUCCCGGGCGCGACGGUGCUGAGCGGCGCGUCCGCGGUGGGCGGGGAGAAGCGGUACCGAUUCGAUUGGCUGUUCGAGGACGAGGAGGGGCAGGACGUACCGGUGGAGGUGUUAUGUAAGAUGGUGAAUUUCUUUGGCGAGCCGGUGUAUCUGAUGGUGUGGCACGACAUGGCGGAGGCGCGGAAACAGGAGGCGGAGCUGCGGAGGGCGAAGGCGGAGGCGGAGAAGGCGAGCAAGGCGAAGACGCAGUUUUUGGCGAAUAUGAGCCACGAGAUCCGCACGCCCAUGAACGGAAUCAUUGGCGUCGCUGAUCUGAUGCUCGCGACGCAGCUCUCUCCGGAGCAGUGCUCGCUGCUCGAAACCCUAAGAUCGUCGUCCGAGGGCCUGCUACACAUUCUCUCCGACAUCCUCGAUUUAAGCAAGAUCGAGAACGAGAAGAUGGUCCUCGAUUUUAGCAACUGGCGGUUGCGGGAGAACGUGAGCAACUGUGUCGCGCUGUUCCACGGAUCCGCAACCGGGAAAAACAUCCGCAUUAAAGCGCGAGUCGAUAAGGACGUGCCUAUCGAGGUCUUCGGAGACUGCAUGCGCGUGCGUCAGGUGGUCACUAAUCUACUAAGCAACGCGAUUAAGUUCACGCCGGCCGGGGGACACGUGUCGGUGCGCGUCAGCCUCGUGGAUCCGCACGCUCCGGGCCGUGGAAAGCGGCGGGAGUCGUUCUCGAGUUUGGAGCCGCUAAGAGAAAACGCGGACAUGGAUAAAGUGGUGGUGCAGUUCGAAGUGAAAGACACGGGCAUCGGGAUUCCUCCCCAUGCUCAGAAGAACCUUUUCCAAGCCUUCAAUCAGGCUGACAACUCCACAUGUCGGAGGUUCGGAGGAACAGGCCUUGGCUUGGCUAUUUGCAGGGCGCUUGUCAACCUCAUGGGUGGCGAAAUUAACCUUACAAGCGAAGAAGGAAAGGGCUCUUCGUUCACCUUUACAGUGUGCCUUGGGGUCACAGAAGCCGCUCCAAGUGACGUGGAGAGCGCAGGGGAGGAAAGCAUUGGCGAUGAGGAGAGCGAGGAAGAGGAGGAGGAGGAGGGAGAGGAAGACGAGUACGAGGAGGGCGAGGAAGAGGAGUGGGAUGAGCUGGGCGAGGAGGACGAAGGAGGGGUAGAGGAUGAUAUGAACAUGGAAGGAGAGGGCAACAUGCCUGAGAGUCAAACGGACGACGAGGAGGAGCAUUGGGCGAGGCACUUGGUUCGGGCAGCAACCGAGAUUGCCAUUGGCCGGUCCCGAAAUGCCCAAUCUCUCGUAAAUGCCGGAAAAGGAGGAGGUUCGGGGCAUGGGGGGCACGGCUGUCACAAGAAGGUUUUCACGGACGAGCUGCCCGAGAAGCUGCCCGAGUGUGUGAAGACGUGGAAGGUUUUGGUUGCGGAGGACAACACGGUGAACCAGAUGGUGGUGACCCGCAUGUUGAAGAACCUUGGGAUUGCCACGGAGGUGGCAGAGAAUGGGCUGAAGGCGCUCCACGCGUGCGAGAACAACCACUACGAUUUCAUCCUCAUGGACUGUCACAUGCCGGAGAUGGAUGGGCUGGAGGCCACAAGGCAGAUCCGUAAUGCGGAGCAGCUGCUGCCAAGCCGGCCGCCCAAGUUCAUCGCAGCGCUCACUGCCAGCGCGUUCGACUUCGAGAGAGAGGCGUGCUUUGCUGCUGGCAUGAACCACUUUCUGACCAAGCCGAUUCGGCCGAAGGAUUUGGAGGACCUUGUGAUGAAGCUGGUGGAGAUGCGCAAGUGA